AUGGCCCCGUCCUCCGGCACUAUGAACCUGGGGCAGCGUUCGGCAGCGUAUCGAGGCUAUCUCGCCUUGGGGCGCCUGCCGCGCAAUACUCCCUCUUUCAGCUUGAACUCAGAGGGCUGCCCAGUGGUCCAUCGCGGUGAAGUAUGCUGCCGGAUGCCUCAGAGCGAAGGGGGAAGCUGCGGAAGGCGAUUCGCCCACCGUCAAAGCCUGGGAAGACAUGUGCGAGUGGUACACCGAACUUUCGAAGCGAAAGGGUUCAACAGAACUACCGUACAAGAAGCCGACGGUGAGCAAAGGAUCUCAUGAGAUCCUUAUUGUAUGCUAAUUUGCAUUUGAAGCAUUCUACAUUGAUCUCAUGAAAGAGGAGGAGUAUGAGGGCAAGCACAGCAAUGCACAGUACGAUGCUUUCGGUGCAUCUCCGCGCGACUGGGCGCUCAAUGCCAAUCAACGGAAUCACAACAUCUCUCGAGCGACUGUCGAGAUGGCGAUAACUCGGCAGGGCGCAGAAGUCGGUGCUACCCAAAACACGCGUCAUGCUGCGAUUUCGGUCGCCGAGCACGUCACGCAGGCUCCAUCAAUCGCCAACUCGCAGGUCAUUGAUCUCGACCCUAGCGACGAUGAGGCGUCUUCCGAGGAGAUUACGAUGGAUUCUAUGCCGCAGUCUACCCACAGCGGGAUUAAGAUGAUACAGUCGGCUGAGAUGAACCAGCUGAUGCAGAGCUAUGCUGGCAGUAUUGCAAGAGGACUGGUGUCUGUGACCGCUGCUGCUCCUGCCCAGCAACCUCAGCAUGCAACUCCAACGACUCGGCAGCGGCACAUCGACAUUGAAGACGAAAGCGGAGACAACAUUGCAACCGAAUCUGUCUGCGGUCGGGCUCCGACUGGCCUGCAGCAUCAGCAUGCUAGUGGAGGUUGCUGA